ACAUCGUGAUAAAGACCGGAAACGACUAGCUUCUUUCACUCAUACUCGUACAUGUCAGAGCUGUAACAAGCUGAUUCAUGUCACUUUUAGGCUCAGUGGGAAAUCAUUUCAGGGUUAAUCAUGAAGAUAUUCGGGGUUAAGUUACGACAGACUCUUAUUAAUUAAAUGGGGAAAAGACGUGUGUUCGGUUAUAUUUAUUCAUUCUGAAGAGACUCCUCUGGUAACCCGCGUAGGAGGAACAGCCUACAGGUUCACAGACCUUCUGCUCUCACUAUCGGAAUUAAUUACGCCAUGAACUGCUUCACUGUUGCGGUCAUCGUUACAGCCUCCCCUUUGGUUCCUGUCUCGAACACGAGCGGACAGAAUUGAGCGGGUCUACCGCGCGCUCGCGCUCAUUAUUAAUCGCUUAACGGGACAAGAAGCAUCGAGAAGAAGAUAGAAGAUUGCUUAAAAAAAAAUCCCAUGGAAGGAUAUCUGUGAGAAUGAGUCUUACUGCCUGAAGCUGGACUCCUGGUUUGGGUGCAUGGUCCACUAGAAAGAGUCUGUCAUGCUGAACAUGUCAGAAGACCGGAUCAACUGUACCAUCGACCACAGAAUUCACCAGUACCUCUUUUCUGUCACCUACAUCCUGGUCUUACUGGUGGGAUUUCCUACCAAUGCCUAUGCGCUCUACCAUGCCUGGCUGCAGCUGAAGGCUCGCAAUGAACUGGGGGUUUACCUGCUUAACCUGACCAUGUCUGACCUUCUGUACCUGGCCUCUUUGCCUGUCUGGCUCCAGUACAUCUUUUACGGAGAUAACUGGGUAUACAGUGAGUGGACUUGCCAAUUGUGUGGCUUUCUCCUCUAUGACAACAUCUAUAUCAGCAUCGGUUUCCUGUGCUGUAUCUCAAUAGAUCGUUAUCUGGCUGUGGUCUACCCCCUCCGCUUCUCCUCACUCCGCACCAUGAAAGCAGCAGUACUGGUCAGUGCCAUAGUGUGGAUCAAAGAACUUGCUGUCGGCAUUGUCUUUUUCCAGCACAAGGAGCUAAGCGUAGAUAAGUCUAACCAGUUUGUGUGUUUCGAGCACUAUCCCAUGCAGAAAUGGGAGCAUCCUGUAAACUACUACCGUUUCUAUGUGGGCUUCCUGUUUCCAUUAGGGAUCCUUUCUGUCUCGUACUUUCGGGUCCUACGGGCUGUUGGCAAGAGUGCAGGGACGCAGACUGCCCAGAAAAAACGCAUCAAAAGCCUGGUCACCAUCACCAUCAUCAUCUUCCUGGUGUGCUUUUCGCCAUACCACAUCUUUCUGCUGGUGCGGACGCUCCUGGAGACUGACUGCUCUUUUGUCGAGAAGAUUUUUGACUAUUACCACUUCUCGCUCUUGCUCACUGCUUUGAAUUGUGUGGCUGACCCAGCACUUUACUGCUUUGUCAGUGAAAGUGUCCAGCACAGCAUCCAACAAGCUGCAGAGGCUUGUUCCCAUGUUCUCUGCUGCCGCUCCAAAUGUGAGGGCGGCUACAACACGGACUCCGGUGAAGCAGCAACACCUAAUGGCAAUGGCACAGGCACCUCUGUGGUCAAACUGCUGCAGCAAACCAAGAUGGAACUGUGACGUUUGUGAUUUAUUUUAAUGAACUUUUCUCUUAAACUGUGGGUUUACCAUUUGCCAAAGCGUUAUUUCUGUGUAUAUUUGUCUUCAUUCUAUCAUUUUUGAUUAGUAGAAGUGCUGUAAAUCAAGCAUAUAGCUAGUCUAGGGUGUAUGCUUGAUUUUGUUGUGUUUUUUUUAAUGCUUUUAUAUCCGUUUAUUGAUGUGUAAUUCUCAGGGAUUUUCACUGAUGGUUUACAUUUGAGUUUUGAGGGAGGAAUUAUACCAAUCAGCCAUGGCAUUAAAACCACUGAUGGGAAAAGUGAAUUACAUUGAUUAUCUUGCUACAGUGGCACCUGUCAAGAGGUAGGAUAUAUUAGACAGCAAGUGAACAGUCAGAUAUUGAAGUUGAUGUUUUAGAAGCAGGCAAAAUGGGUAAGUGUAAGGAUCUGAGGGACUUUGACAAGGACCAAAUCGUGAUCGCCAGAUGACUAGGUCAGAGCAUCUCCAAAACAGCAAGUUUUCUGGAAUGUUCCCAGUAUGCAGUCUUUAAAACUUGCCAAAAGUGGUCCAAGGAAGGACAACCUGUGAACCAGUGAGAGGGUCAUAGGAACACAAAGCUCAAUGAUGCAUGUGGGGAGUGAAUGCUAGCCCGUCUGGUCCGAUCUCACAGAAGAGCUACUGUAGCACAGAUUGCUGAAAAAGUUAAUGCUGGCGAUGAUAGAAAGGUGUCGGAACACACAGUGCAUCACAGCUUGCUGCGUAUGGGGCUGCAGACCAGUCAGAGUGCCCAUGCUGACCCCUGUCCACUGUCGAAAGCAACUACAGUGGACAAGUGAGCAUCAGAACUGGACCAGGCAGCAAUGGAAGAAGAUGGCCUAAUCUGAUGAAUCAUGUUUUCUUGUACACCAUGUGGAUGGCAGGAUGUGUGUGCAUCACUUACCUGGGGAAGAGAUGGCACCUGGAUGCACUAUGAGAAGAAGGCAAGCCGGUGGAUGAAGUGUGAUGGUCUGGGCAAUGUUCUGCUGGGAAGCCUUGGAUCCUGACAUUCAUAUGGAUGUUACUUUGACACGUACCACCUACCUAAACAUUGGUGCAGACCAAGUACACCCCUUCAUGGCAACAGUGUUCCCUAAUGGCAGUGGCCGCUUUCAGCAGGAUAAUGCACUAUACCACAGAGCAAAAAAUGUACAGGAAUGGUUUGAGGAACAUGAAAACAAGUUCACUGUGUUGACUUGGCCUCCAAAUUCCCCAGAUCUCAAUCUGAUCAAGCAUCUGACGGAUGUGCCGGACAAACAAGUCUGAUCCAUUGAGGCCCCACCUCGGAACUUGCAGGACUUAAAGGAUCUGCUGAUAACGUCUCGGUGCCAGAUACCACAGCACACCUUCAGAGGUCUUGUGGAGUCCAUGUCUCGACAGGUCAGAGCUGUUUUGGCAGCACAAGGGGGACUUGCACAAUAUUAAGCAGCUGGUUUUAAUUGCUGAUCAGUGUAGAUUUUAAAGGGCUAGCUUAAAAAGACCAAGCCAAUUGAUUAAGACAAUGUAAGUAACAUGACCUGUUCAUCUCAGUAGAAAGAAAAUGGAAGAGAUGGUUUCUCAUUUAUAAGAAGUUUACAGUCUAGUAUAUACUACCUGUUAAUGCAUGUUUUGAAAUAUAUGCAUUGUACUCUGUGUACACAAGAAAUGUGUGUAUAUUCUCUCUUUGUUUUCAAACAUUUAUACAUGUUCAGAGAUCAGGUAUACUGUGUUUUUAUUUUUAAUUUUUUAAAUAUUUAAUGUCUUUAUUGUGGUGCUGACAUCAUUAAAUAUUAUGAGUGUGUCUCUAUCUACAAUAUCUACACAUUUUGAAAUUUGAAAUAAAUGUCUUGACACUGUCUCAUGUAUGUGCAUUAAAGUAUGUGCCUCCGUCAGUAA